AUGAGCGAUGCUGACUCCGCAAGUGAGCAGGUACUGAUGUAUGUCGGCGAGUACGACGUGACCUGCAACUGGCUCGGAAACCUCAACGUGGCCCUCAACCUGGAGUGGACGGGCCAGGCGGGCUUCGCAGAAUCCAAGUUCAGGAGUUGGGAGGUCGAGGGCGGCAAGGCGGGCCGGGUACGGGAGUUCGGCGGGCUGACGUUCGCAACUGUCGUGGGCGCUGGGCACAUGGCUCCGCACGAUAAGCCUAAGGAGACGCUGGCGAUGUUAAAUCGGUGGUUGGAGGGGACCUCGCUCUGA